UUUUCCACCAGUCUGAAUAUACACUCACACUCAUGUGUGUUCCUGUUAUUUUCCACGAGUCUGAGUAUACACGCACAUGUGUGUGUCCUGUUAUUUUCCACGAGUCUGAGUAUACACGCACACGUGUGUGUUCCUGUUAUUUUCCACCAGUCUGAGUAUACACGCACUCGUGUGUGUUCCUGUUAUUUUCCACCAGUCUGAGUAUACACGCACACGUGUGUGUUCCUGUUAUUUUCAACCAGUCUGAGUAUACACGCACUCGUGUGUGUUCCUGUUAUUUUCAAGGGCUGCUGCCAGGCUCAUUUGACACUGUCCUCCCACUUUGCUCAGAGACACGGACUCUCCCAACCCAAUAUUUGGUCUGUCUCUUUGGCAGCUCUUCCUCCGCAUGAUUCUCCAAGCCCCUGCCCUCUGUGUGCUUUCCAGAACUCUCCCCUGAGGCCUCUCUGGGCCCUGCUGCCCCAGUUACCUCCUUGACCUCGGACCCAGAGAAAGCGCCUGUUGCUUCAAAGCCAGUGGCUCCUGGCCAGCGGCUGCGGGAAGUGGGCGGGUGACGCAGAUCCACGCCACCGUACCUGCAGCCGCGGGAUGGGGUGCACCGUGCUGAUGGGCAUCGGGCAGCAGAUGCUGCGGCGGAAGGUGGUGGACUGCAGCCGCGAGGAGAGCCGGCUGUCUCGAUGCCUGAACACGUUCGACCUGGUGGCGCUGGGGGUGGGCAGCACGCUGGGGGCUGGCGUGUACGUGCUGGCCGGGGCCGUGGCGCGGGAGGACGCCGGCCCCGCCAUCGUCAUCUCCUUCCUCAUCGCCGCGCUGGCCUCCGUGCUGGCCGGCCUCUGCUACGGCGAGUUUGGCGCGCGGGUCCCCAAGACGGGCUCGGCCUACCUCUACAGCUACGUCACCGUGGGCGAGCUCUGGGCCUUCAUCACCGGCUGGAACCUCAUCCUGUCCUACAUCAUCGGUACCUCGAGCGUAGCUCGGGCCUGGAGUGCCACAUUUGAUGAGCUGAUUGGGAAGCCCAUUGGGGAGUUCUCGCGGAAGCAUAUGGCCCUGCACGCACCUGGGGUGCUGGCCGAGAACCCGGACAUAUUUGCCGUGAUCAUCAUUCUCAUCCUCACAGGACUUUUAACUCUGGGUGUGAAAGAGUCAGCCAUGGUCAACAAAAUAUUCACGUGUGUCAACGUUCUGGUGCUGGGCUUCAUCAUGGUGUCGGGGUUUGUGAAAGGAUCAAUUAAAAACUGGCAGCUCACGGAGGAGGACUUCCAGAACACGUCGGGUCACCUCUGCCUGAACAAUGACACAGAGGAAGGGAAACCCGGUGUCGGUGGGUUCAUGCCCUUCGGGUUCUCCGGUGUCCUGUCGGGGGCAGCCACCUGCUUCUACGCCUUCGUGGGCUUUGACUGCAUCGCCACCACAGGGGAGGAGGUGAAGAACCCACAGAAGGCCAUCCCCGUGGGCAUCGUCGCGUCCCUGCUCAUCUGCUUCAUCGCCUAUUUUGGGGUGUCGGCCGCCCUCACCCUCAUGAUGCCUUACUUCUGCCUGGACAAGGACAGCCCCCUGCCAGACGCCUUCAAGCACGUAGGCUGGGAGGGAGCCAAGUAUGCGGUGGCCGUUGGCUCCCUCUGCGCCCUGUCUACCAGUCUUUUAGGUUCCAUGUUUCCCAUGCCUCGAGUUAUCUAUGCCAUGGCUGAAGACGGGCUGCUGUUUAAAUUUUUGGCCAAAAUCAAUGACAGGACCAAAACACCGAUAAUCGCCACCUUAACCUCGGGUGCCAUUGCCGCGGUGAUGGCCUUCCUCUUCGACCUGAAGGACCUGGUGGACCUCAUGUCCAUCGGCACUCUCCUGGCUUACUCUCUGGUGGCUGCCUGCGUGUUGGUCUUACGGUAUCAGCCCGAGCAGCCCAACACGGUAUACCAGAUGGCCAGGACUAGCGAUGAGCUCGAUCCAGUCGACCAGAAUGAGUUGGUGAGCAGCAGCGAUUCUCAGACGGGCUUUUUACCGGAAGCAGAGAGGCUUUCUUUGAAAACCGUACUCUCACCCAAAAAUACAGAGCCUUCCAAAUUCUCUGGGCUGAUCGUGAACAUCUCAACCAGCCUCCUAGCGCUCCUGGUCAUCACCUUCUGCAUGGCAGCUGUGCUUGGCAAGGACGCCCUGGUGAAGGGGGAGUUGUGGGCAGUCUUUCUACUCAUGGGCUCUGCCUUCCUCUGCUCCGUGGUCACGGCCAUCAUUUGGCGGCAGCCCGAGAGCAAGACCAAGCUCUCAUUCAAGGUGCCCUUCUUGCCGGUCCUUCCCGUCCUGAGCAUCUUCGUGAACGUCUAUCUCAUGAUGCAGCUGGACCAGGGCACGUGGGUCCGGUUUGCUGUGUGGAUGCUGAUGGGCUUCUUCAUUUACUUCGGCUACGGUCUCUGGCACAGUGAGGAGGCGACCCUGGCCGCCGACCCCACAAGGACUCCUGACGGUCACUUGGAUCAUUGCAAGUGACGCACGGUCCUGCCCCUGAGAGACCCCCGCAGCACCUCGCACCACCACCCCACCCAGCCAGUGCACCCAGAGCCCAGAGCAGCCCACGUGUGGCCCGUGUCCCCGACCCCCCGGCAGCUCUCGGCGGGGCCACGUGACCGGGGCUGGGACUGGCCGCCACCUGCCUCCGAGCCUCCUCCGGGACAAGAACGGCAGCCCUUCUCCUCACCCGUCCGGCACCCCAGCUGCUGCGGCCUUGGGCAGAACGGUGGUCACCUCAGGAGCCCAGGCCUCCAUCCCGGGGGUGCUGUGCUGGGUCCUGUCCUUGCCUUGGCCCAGCCCCAGACAGCCGUCCCGGUGUCUGUCCUCUGGCUGUGCCCAUGCCCCACCCCAGCGGUUUAGUUUACUGAGACCAUCUCCUCCUGCUCGGCUGUCUGAGCUGCCUCCGGAGGGUCGCUGCGCUGUGACCGCCCCCUCCCUCCAGGCGGGGGACUUGGCCCGCACUCUGCACACUCCUGCCAGGGGACCAGGCUCCCCGCCGCCAGCCCUCCAGCAGGUCCCUGCUGCUGCUUUGGCCGAGUCCUGAGUAACUGGAACGUGACACUAUUUCUGUAGGACCUGCCUCAAAAGAGCGGAGCUUAGCUGAGUGCUCCCCAUGGUCCCGGCUCCUCAUGGGGUCCUGCCCCCUCUGCUGCUCGUGGGUCUCAAGGUUCCCCAGGCCAGUGUCCUCUCGUCCUGAGUGAUGCACGCCCCCCUCCUUACCCCCCAGCUGCCUCCGGCCCCUCACGUGUCUCAUCAUCAUGUGGAGUCCUCCUGUCCCUUGGCUGUGAGUCGCCACGCAAUCCAGCCGGCGCGUCAUGGUGAUGUGGAAAGCGGCCGAGUCGUUCCCUGAACCGUUCAGGGUGUGGGGGUCUGCCCACAGGGGACGGUGUGGGGUCCUGUGCCGUCCCUCUCGUGUGCUGUGUGUGUGUUGGAUGCCGCAGGUUGGUGACCCUGGGCCGGACCCCUGCCUCCGUGAUGACCGCAUGUACCUGUGUACAUGGCGCUCCCUGCCAAGGCCCCAGGGACACUCCUUGGAGGUGGGCCGUGCCUUCCUUCCCAAGAGUGGAGUCGGGACGGAAGGGCCUGUGUUGGCGGGAGGUGAGGGGGCUGGCAUUUCUGACUCCACACAAAAUGUAAGUGCUGCUUGUGAAGCUUAGCUCCCAUUACCUUCCCCCUCUGCCCUUUUACACAAAUCUGGUAGAAAGAAGCCUGAUAAACUGAUGGCUCUUGGCUUUUCUCCCUCUGCCCCAGAAAGUUCUUGGAGGAAAAAAAAAAAAAUGCAAGAAUGAGUGAAGCAGGGUCAGCCCAGGUGGGUGAGGGCCCAGCCCCACUUGCAGGCUCCAUCAUCCCCUCUGGUCACUCGUGGGAGCUUUAUUCACGGUCUCACUUGCAAAUCUUCUAAAGUGGGGGCGAGAGCCCGAAGCUCGGGUUUCCAAAGAAAGGUAUUUAGGUUUAUGUAGUUGGUGCUGUACCAUAUUUUGAUGAGUCUUAACUUAUUUCGUUGAGGUGUUUUGGUUGUCUGCUCUCUUCCUGGGGCCUGCUGGCCACCUGUCUGCUCGAAUUGUCUGCUAUUUCUCCACCGAGGCGGAGAGUGUGAGGGAACAAGGGUGUGCAGGAAAGGUGGCGGGUAGAGUUUCUCUCACUUCUUCAUUUCCGGCUGAAAUUUCUGAGCCUGACCGCCCGCAGCAGACUCUGCGCAGCUGACACUUGAGCCAGCUACACGCCUCGUCCUCCAGCCGGGAAGGUGUGUCUCAGCGUCUCACGGGCGGAUGCCCCCUCCUCUCCUGGAGCCAAGGGGCCGUGCCGAAAUGCCCCCCAUUGGUAUCAGAAGCCCCCACCCUCCACGCUGAGCCAGAGCCCUGUCCGAGGAAAGGAUCCCUGGGUCGUUGGAUGGGGUUCAGUGACCCGUGCUUUUGUGAAGAGAGGCUUUCAUACCGUUGCCAGGGGUUUCCCCUUCUGUGUGGGGGCCAUGCUGCCAGGAGACUGAGCGGCAUCUGCAGACCCUGGCUCUAUCACACCCACUCUGGGUUUGUAAAAACUCACCUGGCCCAAAAUCCGGAGGAGGUGUAGGCCGGGGGUGGGGGGGGGGCGGUGUGGUGGGGCGUGCAGGGGCCUGAUUGCCCCCGAAAGGUCCCAUCCCCAUCCAUGGGAGACGUUACCACAGCCUGCCUUUCUGUGCCUGAGAUGGACACACACACAUACACACAGAGACGAGAUACACAGACAACAUACGUACACACACAGACACACACACACAUAUACAGAGACAACACAUAUG